GAGUCCAGUAGUUUGGGUAGCGCAUGGCUGAGCACAAGUGCUCCUUGCAGCUCCCUCACCCUGGUCUUCAGAGCUUAGUGCUGGGCAAAAUUGUGUCUCCAGAUGAACAGUUAUAUCCAUCUCAGGUAAUAUGUAUUUGAAGCCAUUUAAUGUUUAACAGAGGAAAAGAGCAGUAUGACUAAAGCAGCAAGAAACAGCACAACACCUAUGAGAGCAAGAGCCUUCUGAAUGUAAUUAGCUGUGAAGAAAGAUGAAGGCCACCCUCCCACUCUGCUUUCUGGUGGCCUUGCUUCACCUCAGUGUUCACAGCCUGACUGAGACUGACCACCACAGUGACCAGCCCAAUGCAACUGAACCCCAGGAGCAACAUUCCCAUGAGGGAGAUCCUCUUGAGUCCUGCCAGCGGAUAGUCCCCAGCAACACAGACUUUGCCUUUCGGUUUUACAGGCAAGCAACCAUCCAAGAACCUGGCAAGAACAUUUUCUUUUCCCCAGUCAGCAUCUCUGCUGCCUUUGCCCUUCUGGCCCUGGGCUCCAGAGCCACCAGCCAGGCUCAGGUGCUGGAAGGACUGGCCUUUAACCUCACCCACACUCGGGAGGAGGAGAUACAUGAUGGCUUUCGUCAUCUCCUCCUCUUGCUGAACCGCCCUGGCAACCAGGUGCAGCUGAGUAUGGGGAACACCCUGUUCAUGGACAAUCACCUGAAGCCACUGAAAACAUUUCUGAAGGACAUCAAAAAGCUGUACAGAGGAAAAGUUGUUUCUAGUAACUUCCAGAAUUCCACUGAAGCUAAAAAAGAGAUCAAUGAUCAUGUAAAGAAUAAAACCCAUGGGAAUAUAAAGCAAAUACUUGAAGAACUUGAUCCAAACACCCUAAUGGUAAUUGUUAACUAUAUUUAUUUUAAAGCCUACUGGGAAAAUCCUUUCAGUAUUAGGGGGACCCGCAAGGAUUAUUUCCAUGUGAAUGCGAAGACCUCAGUUGAAGUGAAGAUGAUGACUCGAGAUGGAUUUUAUAAAGCAUACUCUGACAGGAAGUUGUCUUGCGAGGUGGUGCAGAUUCCUUACAAGGGAGAUGUUGCAGCACUGUUUAUCCUGCCCAGUGAAGGAAAAAUGAAACUGUUGGAACGUGGCCUGACAAAAGACACAGUGUCUAAAUGGGAAAAAUCACUUCAAAGACGGAGGAUAGAAGUGCAUAUUCCAAAACUGUCAGUUUCGGGCACCUAUGACUUAAAGAAGAUCUUAAUGAAUCUGGGUGUAACUGAUGUGUUUUCUGAUCAGGCUGAUCUGUCUGGAAUCACAGGAAAUCUUGAUGUGAAGGUUUCAAAAGCUGCUCACAAGGCCCUGUUGAAGGUUCAUGAGAAUGGCACAGAGGCUGCGGCAGUCACUGGCAUAGAUUUUCUUCCUCAUUCUGUUCCUCCUGUUAUUAAGUUCAGCCGUCCAUUUUUGCUGUUGAUUGUUGAUCAAUAUACUCAGAGCAUCCUCUUCAUGGGAAAAAUUGUAAAUCCAACUGAAAAAUGACUGGUCAGUGACUGGUCUGAUUGAUUUGAAUUGUAUUUUAUAAAAUUAUCAUUCCUUGUGUUUAAAAUUAUAUCAAAACAGCUACUAACAAUUUUCUUUUUCCAAAGAAGUCAGGUAAGAGUGUGUCUUUCUUAAAAACACUGUUCUUGCUUUCUCCUUCUGUAGAAAGUAACAACUGACAUACAUCUGUUAGUGAAUUAUGAAGAAUUUUGUAAAUCAGCCUUUUAGUGAUAAGUGCUGUGUUUGAAAAGCAAGGUAAUAUUCAGCCGAGACAAUCAGUUUAAAACACUGUAAAUAAAUAAAGUAUGAAUUAA